CUACUUUAUGUUUAGAGCCCUCAAAAUCUCAUAUACAGCCAGUGAGAGAACCAAAAGAAAAAAGAUGAACAUGAGUUCCCAAACUGUGGCCAGGAUUCCAGUGGUAGAUUUCUCGAAAGCGGACUGCCUGAAGCCGGGGACAAGCUCUUGGCUCUCAGCACGCAAAGACGUUUGUCGGGCGCUCGAAGAGCUCGGAUGUUUCAUGGCAAUCCUACCCAGCAAAGUUCCUCCUGAACUUCACAAAACCAUCUUUAAUGCAUUUGACGAGUUGUUUAAUUUCCCCGUCGAUACUCCUGACAACCCUUUACGUGCUGGCUACGUAACUUCCUGUUCUGGGCAGAAUACCUUUGGAAUUAUUAAUGGCACAAACCCUCAAGAAACUCAGGAAUUCACACAUCUUUUUUGGCCAAAUGGAAACGACCAAUUUCGUGAGACUGCUGACUUGUAUGCAAAAGUGAUGGCAGAGAUAGAUGAAGCUGUGACAAGAAUGGUAUUUGAAAACUAUGGUGUAGAAAAGUACCAUGACGAUCACUUCCGAUCGACUUUUUACUAUCUCCGUCUUAUAAAAUACGAAGUACCCAAGAAACUUGGAGUUGAUGUGGGUUUACGCAGUCAUACGGACAAGACCUUUUCCUCCAUACUCCAUCAAAAUCAUGUCACUGGUCUGGAGAUCAAUACAAAGACUAAUGAGUGGGUAGUUUUUGAUCCUCUGCCUUCAUCCGUGAUAUUCAUGGCGGGAGACGUAUUUCAGGUUUGGAGUAACGAUCGAGUUCGACCGUGUAGACAUAGAGUGACAUUGAAGGAAAAUGAGGUGAGAUACUCGUUCGGACUGUUUUCACUGCAUAAAGGGGUGAUACAUGUACCAGAUGAGCUUCUGGACAAGGACCACCCCUUAAGGUAUAAGCCUUUCAAUCAUCUAGAAUUUCUUAGAGCACAGAAAGACCUCAGUGAAACUGAGUAUGCCGCAAAGGCAUAUUGUGCCAUUUGAUCAUUUUCCUUGGUCCACGGAUCGCUCCGAUCAAGUUAGUUGUCUAUUUGGUUUUAUUCCUUUCUCUUCCAUGUAAAUUCUUCUUUUUUUCUUUCUCUUCCAUCUUGAUUGUGUGUGUGAAAAACCCCACUCCAAUUAUCGGUUCUCUCAAUCCCUACUCUGUUAUAAACUUAUAUGCUAAUGUUAAAAGAUGGAGAGUAUUGGAAAUAAAGGAAAUGUUA